AUGCGAUACCAGCGAAAAGUUGCGAUCACAUUGCACAACACUGCGCCGCGUGCGGACUGGGUAUUUUUGCGCGAAAUAUUUUACUGAAUUUGAAGUCCGAUCAAAAAUUCAAAGACAUGGAGUAUUUAGAUGAAAACCAGACGAGCACACAAGGCACAAUUCUGUGCUGCCAGUGUGGAACACCGAUCCAGCCGAACCCAGCCAACAUGUGUGUGGCGUGCCUGCGCACCCAGGUAGACAUAACAGAAGGCAUCCCCAAACAAGCUGUGUUGUAUUUCUGCAAGGCAUGCGAACGGUACCUGCAGCCCCCUGCCCAGUGGAUCAAGUGUGCCUUGGAGUCCAGGGAACUACUUGCACUCUGCCUCAAGAAACUCAAAGGACUGAGCAAGGUCCGACUCGUCGACGCUGGUUUCAUCUGGACCGAGCCGCAUUCCCGUCGCAUCAAGCUUAAGCUGUCCAUUCAGAGAGAAGUGAUGGGCGGGGCCGUCCUGGAGCAAGUCUUCAUCGUGGAGUUUGUCGUCCAGACUCAGAUGUGUCCUGACUGCCACCGGGUUGAGGCAAAAGACUUCUGGAAAGCUGUAGUGCAGCUCCGACAAAAGACGUCACACAAGAAGACGUUCCUGUAUCUCGAGCAGUACAUCCUGAAGCACAACAUGCACGUCAACACGCUGAACAUCAGGCAGCAUGACGGUGGACUGGACUUCUACUACACCACGAAGGACCAUGCUAGCAAGAUGGUGGAUUUCCUGAUGGGCGUGGUGCCUUGCAAGUAUAAGACAUCUCAACAACUUAUAUCCCACGAUGUGCACAACAAUACCUACAACUACAAGUACACUUUCUCCGUCGAGAUCGUGCCAGUGUGCAAGGACAACGUGGUCUGUCUUCCAAAGAAGCUAGCCCGGUCGCUAGGCAACAUCGGUCAGAUAUGCAUCUGUACCCGCGUGACCGCUGCCAUACAGGUCAUUGAUCCACUAACGUUACAAGUGGCCGAAAUUCCAGCCAACAACUACUGGCGGAGCCCUUUCAACAGCCUCUGCGAUCCGAAACAGUUAACGGAAUACACCGUGCUGCAAGUGGAACGCAUCGAAGACCGGGAAAGACGCCAUGUUGCCGGGGAAGGCUCACGGUCAAACAAGCAUUUGUUGGCCGACGUGUGGGUGAUGCGAAGCCAGGAUCUAGGGGUGUGCGACACCCAGUACCACUGUCGCAGCCACCUAGGCCACCUAUUGUCAGCCGGUGACUUGGUUACUGGUUUUGACUUCACGCGGACAAAUGUCAACGACGCGAAUCUUGAACAGAUGAAAAGCGAUGUUCUCCCCGAUGUGGUCCUCAUUAAGAAACACUAUGGCAACCACCAAAAGCGCCACCGCAGGCGAAACUGGAAACUAAAGUCGUUGCGUAAGGAGGAGGAAGGCGUGGAUCCUGACAAAGCAGACAGGGAUUACAUAGGCUUCCUUGAGGAUCUGGAGGAAGACGUGGACUACAGGAAGAACAUCAACAUCUACAAAGACCGCAGUAAGGAAGUAACGGUCGAGUCUAGCGACGAUGACGAUGCGCCCCGCAUCAGUUUGCAGGAGAUGCUUGACGACCUGCAUCUGACAGAUGACGAGGAACAGCUUGCUAUGCAGGAUGAGGCUGCUGCCAUAGCAACUCAGUGAAUUAUGGGUAGUCCAAUGAGUUAUGGGUAUUCCAAUGAAUUAUGGGUAUUCCAGUGAAUUAUUGGGUAUUACAGUGAAUUAUGGGCAGUCAGAUGCAUUAUGGGUAAUCUGGACAGUGAAUUAUGGGUAGUCCAAUGAGUUAUGGGUAUUCCAAUGAAUUAUGGGUAUUCCAGUGAAUUAUGGGCAGUCAGAUGCAUUAUGGGUAAUCUGGACAGUGAAUUAUGGGUAGUCAAGUUCUGGCCUCUUUUCUGUAUGGUUCUUGGUUGGUUCAUCUCCUAAAUACUCCGCGUGGGCGUUUAUACAGGAGGCCAGAAACACCGGGGCAAACCCCUUCUCUUAGCGAUAAGUGUCA